AUGAUAAGCGGGCAAUUGCAAGUGUUCGGUGUGCUCCGUCGAGCGGCGCGUAGUGUCCGACAGACGCCGUUAUUGCAAGCUCAGCACUCUUUGUCUUCAAACAAUGUACACGGUAGUUCUCUAGCUUUAGGCGGUUCAUUUUCGUGCGAUAAUCGACGGUUUUCCACCUCUGAUACGGCUUCUUCAGCGCUCGAGCUGACAGUGACCCACGGACAACUCACAGCUGCUGUGGUAGGCAGCGGGACGGGUCAAGAACACUGGGCUAUCGUGCAGGGCGUCCAAGCGGCUCUUGAGACGGUUCACAUGACCACAGGACUCCCGUGGUGGGCGACACUGAUGCUCUCUGGUGUGGCAUUGCGCGCUGCUAUCUUCCCUUUCUACGUGUAUCAGAUCCAGGCGACACAAAGGUUGAUGAAGGGAAGCUCUGACUUUAGAAAGCUGCACUCGGCGUACAAGUACGCGCGUACAUUUACGCCCGUAUCAGACCACAAGAGACAUCUUAACGCCAUGCUGCUUUGGCGACAAGGUGUUCGUGCGGUCAUAAAAAAGUACAAUACGCGUCCCAUUCAAACUGUCAUUGGCGCAGUUGCAUACAUCCCUAUCUUCAUUGUAAUGGCGUACAGUGCACGUGAUAUGGUACGUUGCGGAAAUUUUGCAGGCCUUGACACUGGUGGCUUGUUCUUUUGGAAGAAUCUGAUGGAAACGGACAGCACAUACAUGCUGCCUGCUCUGGCGGCGUUGUCUACUUACGGUAAUCUGGAAGUCUCUGCACGAACAAAAAGUGGUUUCUGGACAGAGCUGCUGCGAGCAGGGCAAUACGGCACAAUUCUUGCUGUCCCGUUCCUGGCUAAUUUGCCGCAAGGGGUUUUCUUUUACUGGCUGGGGUCCUCAUGGUCGUCUAUGGCGCAGAGUAUUGCCAUGAACAACAACAACUUUCGCAGGUGCAUUGGACUCAAACCCCGAAUCAUGAAAAUCAAGUCAACUAUUUGA